GUUCGUACAACCUAAAAGAAGGGAAGCAGAGCAAUGCCAACGCGGCGGGGGCGGACCAGGAAGGGCGAACGCCGGAUCGACGCGGCCAUCGACCACUUCGUCGUCAUGGGCUACGACGCACGCGACAUUAGCGCCGUCGUUGCUGAUCUCCUCAAGGUGUACGGGGGCCCUGAUGCGUGGCCCUUACUGGAGGAAGGCUCCUACGAGGUUGUGCAAAACAGGCUCUUCGAGAUUGAGGACGAGGAGAAGCAGAAGCAGGACCAGCAGCUGCUGCUGGAGCACCACGACCAGCAGCUGCUGCUGGAGCACCACGACCACCAGCUGCUGCUGGAGCACCACGACCAGCAGCAGCUUGAUUGCCAGCAAGUGGAGGAUGAGCGUCCUCAGCACCAAGAACCAGCAGCAGACGAGGGAGUGGAAGUCCCUAUGUUCAUUGAACCACAAGAUAACAUAUCAAUUUCAAAGGUACCAGCAGAGACUAAGUCAGCAGAUGACGAAGUGGAAGGCCCUAUGUCCAUUGAACCACCUGUUUGUGAAGCUGUAUUGCCACUUAAUGUAGCUAUAAGGACUCGCCCAAGGCGACCCUGCUAUGGAUGGCUUAGUGAGUCAGAAGAUGAGGAAGAGGAACAACCUACUGGUCAAAAACAUGAGGUGCAUGUUCUAAGUCGGGGAGAGCGAGCCCAGUAGAUGGGUGGCUGAUACCAACCUGACAUGGUCCAUGAUGCUCCACUAAGAUGCAGAAGUCCAGUGCUGUAUUUUUGGUGUCGCUGAAACCAAAAACUAACUUUCAGAAGCCUUUUUUGAGUUUUGACAAGUCUAGCAGUCUAGCAGAACUGCAGAAGUAUAUAACAAUAUAGAACGUGCGCUUGAUGAGCGUAAGUAGAGCAUGUUCCGCUAAUUUAAAUAAGAGCCUUUGACUGAAGCGGUGACAUAAUUUUUGGAAACGGAGAAAAGAAGAGCUUAACUUCGAUUGAAGCAGUGACGUAAUUUUAGAAUAUGAUACGAUGUUUAUCAUCCAA